AUGUCGAAAACCCAGUCCACGGUCGUUUUGCCUGUGGAGGUAACUCACGAAGGCUUGAUGACCUCGCUUGACCCAGAAACACCACAGGCCCAGAACAUCACCGAUGCAGGCGAACUUUUGCCAGCACUUGGUUUGGAAUUGAGUAACAUGAGAAACAGACUGGUUGAAACACCCAUACCUGAUCAGACUUUGCCCGCCGGCCUUUCGGAAGAGCGAGGCAGCCCAACGAAUCCAGUGUCUCAAGGCGUUCCGCCAGAGCUCGCCAAUCUCCUCGCAGAGGUGAUCUUUGUGCUCGUCUGUACGGCUGGCCAAGUCAUCUCCGCCCUGACUAUGGGACAAGUCAACGUCACCCAGUUCGUGUUCCAAGAGGCAUUGGGUCUAGUCCCAGCCCAGAUUCCAUGGCUCCUAGGCUCUUCAGUAUUGGCAAGCGGUCUGUCAGUCAUAGUAUUUGGCCCGUUGGCUGACCUCGCUCCCCCCAAGCCACUCAUGGUAGGCGCUUUUCUGUGGGAAGCAGCCUGGAAUGCGGUGACGGCUGCGGCCGUUUCUCCAAACCUCAAGGUCCUCUUCUUUGUGGCCCGAGCCAUGCAGGGCCUGGCAGCCGGAGUGCUCGUUUCCGCUUCGAUGAGCAUUCUUGGACGAGUCUAUAAUCCAGGGAUCCGCAAGACGCGCGUGUUUUCCUUGAUGGCAGCAGGGGCGCCGUUUGGCUAUUGGAUUGGCUGUGUUCAAGGAGGCGCUCUCGCUGCUCAUCUUCCCUGGAUUUUUGGCAGCACGGCCAUGUUCCUUGCAUUGUGCGCUUUUGCUGCUUAUCUCACGAUACCCGAUCUGAGACCAGCUGCGGAUAGCUCUAGUACAGACGCGCCUUCGAUGAAGCAAUUUGAUUAUCUCGGCGCUCUGCUCGCAUCGUUGGGGUGUGGAUUGAUCCUCUUUGGGCUCACUCAAGGCUCAGCAGUUCAAUGGAGUCCAUAUACGUAUACUACCAUUAUUUUGGGCUUUCUUCUACUUGUUGCGUUUCACUUUGUCGAGCGCCGUGCCACUCGUCCUCUUAUUCCAACCGGGCUUUGGCGAAUUCCUGGGUUUGCGGCUGUCUUGCUUUCCUACAUUUUCGGAUUUGGCGGUUAUGCUGGUGCGUGGCAGUUCUAUGCCAUCCAGUUCUGGCUUCGCUACCAGGGAGUUUCUCCGCUUACUGCGUCGCUGUACAUUCUUCCAAAUGGCAUCGUUGGCGUUCUCGCAGCUUGGGUCGUUUCUAAGACGCUUCAUGUUGUCCCUGGUCACUGGAUUCUUAUUACCAGCAUGAUUUGUUUUGGUAUGGGGCCGGUAUUCUUUCUCCCUCAAACACCAAGCUCCUCGUACUGGGCCUUGUCAAUGCCGGGCGUAGCCUUAUCUACGUUCGGACCUGAUCUCAGUUUUGCAGCAGCAACCAUCUUUAUUACUUCGAGCGUACCGAGAUCAUACCAGGGCUCUGCUGGUAGUCUUUUGGUCACCGCACAAAACUUGACUCUGGCAAUCAUUACUUCUGUAGCUGGCUCUAUAGGGAUCAAAGUCGAUCAGCUUCCUGAUGGAGAGGUGGGACUUGAAGGGAUACGUGCCAUCUGGUGGUUUGGCCUUGCUUCCGCCUUAAUUGGAGCCUUGAUUACCAUCACCAUGGUCCGGAUUCCAAAAGCGGAAGAAAAAGAACAUGUACAUUGA